ACUUUUCAACCCCUUUAUGAUAGCUAGUGAUAAAUACGAAGUGUGAAAAAAACUUUUUAGUACACUAUCGCCAUCUGCGCUCUCUCCACUACACUACGCACUGAAUCUGUCCGUGCAGACCGUUCAGCCCACCGUAAUUGAGGGCGAUGUGCAGAUAAUUCUUCGCACAAAUGAACAAGGGAAACAGGUAAAUUUAUAUUCUCUGUUUUCCAUUAUUUUAAUCAGAAUAUCCGUAAUUAAUGAGUUUACUACUGCUGGCCAUGUACGAUCGAAUGCGGCUACGAAGUUUGUUUCCGGUGACAUCACCUGUUUCGAAAGAACGGUACCGCUUGCCACUCAACAUAUGGCAUUUGCCGGCUUUGAAAAGGCGGAAACCCUGAUACACAACAGAACUACACUUGAUGGAGUUGACAUACCAGCUGUAGAAGUGGUGUUUUCUCUGAACAAAAACUUCAAGCGUGAAAAACACCAGUGGAUCUACAGUGAAGCAUCCAAAGUAAUCUCAUUGAUGUCUCAAUGGACAGGUUUUCCGUAUCCACUAGAGGCUUUGAGGAUCAUUUCAGCCCCCAUUCAAGCCUCAUCCCACUCCUCACUCGGUCUGAUCACCCUCCAGGACCGACUUGUUGAACAUCCGACCUACACAUUAGCACACGUGACGCUAACCCAUUCUGUUAUUCAACAGUGGCUCUCAAAUGUCGUGAGCGUGGCAAAACCUGAUGAGGCUUGCUUUUCGGAAUCCCUGACCGUAUACUUGGAAUGGAAACUCAACGAGGAAUUACACAUUGUGAACAAGACUCGUGCAAAUGAAAUAGAAUCAAUUCGUCCACAGGAUCUCAGCAUAGAAGGAAAGGACGAGACAAGAAUGCUGCGCUCACUAGAACAAUUGACCGACGAGCUUUGGACUGUUCCGUUGGAAAUCGUCGGUUCUUCGGGUAUUCAAUUGGUCGCAGUUACGGAUAAAUCAACAAUAUUACCGUUUACCUCAAACGACUAUGUCAUUGCUGAUCCACGUAGGAAAUCCACUGCUAUGAUUGUAUACGAUGCGGACUCUUACAUUCGUAUGAUUCGCUGCUGGGAUGACACUAGAUGUCCAGCGAAUCGUGACGCUGUUCGUGGCAUUCUUCGGGAUCUCGUGGCCGUCUUACUCACCGACCGAUUGCCACCGCCACAACUUGUGGAUAUUCCCAAGUGGAAGGCUGUAUUCAAGUUUUCUCAAAACAACCGUAUUCUCAAUGGCAACGCUGCUUGCUGUGCGCAGUAUGCAAUUUCGCGC